AUGACAGAUCCCAGACUUUCCCGUGGACUCAGACCAGACCAGACCAGACCGACCCAGACUACGAGGGUCCAGCGGGCGGGACGACUCAGACCAAACCAGACCAGACCGACCCAGGCUCCGAGGGUCCAACAGGUGGGACUCAUGGGGACUUUAUGGAUUCUUCUGCUCUUUACAGGGGGCGUGGCGGCGCGGACCUGCAGGUUCCACGACGUCCUGGAGCAUCUGAAUCUGACGCGGGACAACGAGCUUUUCUACAUGACGCGCCCCGUCAACGACCACCGACAGGCCACGCUCGUCAGCAUGGAGAUGUGUCUGUACGCCAUCCUGGACGUGGUGGAGAAAGAUCAGAAGUUCAUCUCUUACGUUUGGACCAUCAUGAAGUGGCAGAACGACUUCAUCAGCUGGAACCCGGACGACUUCUGUGGCAUCAGGAACGUGUCUAUUCCCUUUGAGGUCCUGUGGAAACCGGACAUCACCAUCGAGGAGAUGGUGGAGAAGGACAAGGCCCCGCCCAGUCUUCACCUGUACAUCCGCUCCAAUGGGGAGGUGGAGGUGCAGAACGACCAGGUGUUGGUGAGCACCUGCAGGAUGAGAGUCCACAGGUUUCCCUUCGACACUCAGAGCUGCAACCUGUCCUUCAAGUCCGUCAUCCACACAGUGAACGACAUUCAGCUCGUUGCCAGUGAGAAUUCUAAAGAGGCCACAGAACAGUCCAAGGACGUGAUGAGGAUUCAGUACGAGUGGCUCUUCAUCGACAUCAACGUCUACAACACCACGACGGAGGAGAACCAGGACAUGGUGGUCUACGUGGUGAACAUGAGCCGUCGCUCUCUUCUGUACAUUGUGAACUUCCUGCUCCCUGUUCUUUUCUUCCUGUGCUUGGAUUUGUCGUCGUUCCUCAUUUCUCACGGCGGAGGAGAGAAGCUCACGUUUAAAGUCACGGUUCUUCUCGCCAUCACCGUCCUCCAGCUCAUCCUCAACGAGAUCCUGCCCGCCUCGUCCGACCGCAUCCCCCUCAUCGCGUUGUACUGCAUCGGGAUCUUCGCCCUGAUGCUGCUGAGUCUCCUGGAGACCAUCGUGGUCAUGUACCUGAUGAAGAAGGACGAGCACCCGCCGCCGCCGAGAGACGACGAGGAGGAGACCGCAGGCUUCGCUGGUCGGACUUCUGCCGGACGCAUCUACGACAGCUCGACUGUAGAGGCCCCUGCUGGACUGAUGGAGGAAACGCACUUUCACCAAAACUCCACUCAUGUGUCUAGCCCUGGCAGUAAACCGGCAGAAGAGAACGCCUCUCUGGAGAAGAUCCUGGACGAGCUGAAGCUGGUGGAACGUUCUCUGGUCCGUCUGAAGGGUCCCCACGAGGAGCCCGGGUGGUGGACGCAGCUCGCCAAAAAAAUCAACAAGGUCUUCUUCGUGGUGUACGUGGCGAUGGUCGGCGUGUUCUUGACGUACACCUACAUCGAGUGGCAGAAGGACGACUAG